AUGGCGGGCUCCUUUGAAAUGGCGCUGGCGCCUGUACCAUCAGCCGCCGCUCAAGGCAGCGGUGGGGACGGCACGGCGGGCGGCGGCGGCGCGACUAGUAGCAGCAGCAGCGUCCUGCACCCGACGGUCGGCGGCAGCCUCGAGCUGGCGUCGUCGCGCCGCCCCGGGCCGGGGUUCACUGGCAGCUACGACUGGCGAGGUUCCCUAUUGAUGACGCCCAACCCCUUUGCGGUCUGGGCCACGGCAGCGGCAGCCGCCGGCGCCGGCGGGGGCUCCGUGCAGCGAAGGCGCGGGCUGCUGCAGCAAGCAGACCCCUGGACAUCGUCGCUCGUCGUGCCUGUGCAGGGGCCAGUGGCGGUCAACGAGUGGGGCGCGGCGCCGGCUCCGAGCAGUGCCAGCAGUAGUAGCGGGGGCGGCUCCGGGUCAAACGUGCUUAUUGAUAAGGACGGAUCAAUCCAGCUGUUGGGUGACGACUCGGCGACGGCCCCGCCGGCGGACUCCCCGGGGCCCGCCGCGGGUGGGAACAGCAGCGCAGGCGGGAACAGCACCACAGGGCGCGCCGGCGCGGCUGCGCCCUUGGCCCAGCGGCCCAAGGCGCUGUCGACGCGCAACCUCGUUGUCAUCAUCGCCGCGUCCACUGCCGGCCUGCUCGCGCUGGCGAGCUGCGGCGUGCUGGCCGCAAAGGCGGCAGCGCGGCGGCGGCGGCGCCGGCGAGAUAAGGAAGAGGCCGCGCGGCUGCGGCUGCGCAACGGCCAGCCGGCGCCUGACUUUCAGAUCCCAGACCCAGUGGCCGAGCUGGGCCAGCCCGGCGGCGCUGCUGGUUCCGCAAACGGCGAGCGGAGGGGCAGCCAGGGGCCGGCCCACGCGGCGCUGCCGUCGAGCAGAGGCAGCGAGGAGCGCCGCCACAGCAGCUCCCUGAGCGGCAGCUUAUUCAGCAGCAGCGGCGCCAAGAUCGUGAUGCUGUUCGGGGCGCUAGGCUUCGGGUUCCAUGGGCACCGCGGCACGCUGCCAGGGGCGCGAUAUGCGUCGACUCGCCGCGGCCUCGCGGCGCGCGCGGCCGCGGAGGCGAGCGAGAGCGCGGCGACCGCGUCGGGCCGCAUGACGUACCGCCCGGAGUCGUACGCAGAGCUCGUGUCUGACGCGGCGGCGGCGCUGCUGCAGGGCGUCAACGCCGGCCUCAAGCGGAUGGAGGUCGAGUUCCCCCCCAUCCCCACAAACAUCGACGCGUACAAGGGAUCCUCUGAUCUGUUCAUCGACUCCAACGUGCAGCUGGCCCUGGCAGCUGCCAAGAAGGUUGCGGCAGCCGGCAAGCGUGUGCACGUGCUCGUGCCGGAUCUCGGGGAAUACGGGCGGUCCUACAAGAUCUUCAGGCCCGCCAUAGAGCAGAUCGGCGGCGGGGUGACGCUGGGGCACCUGAAGGAGGCGCUCAAGGGGCCGGACCUUCUCAACAGCUUCCAGUCCAUAUUCGUCGGCGGCGGCGCGCCCGACCCGGCGCCGGCGGGCGAGGCCGCUGACGUGUUCAUCGUGACCAACAUUUCGUGCGUGGAGCUGCCCAUGUUUGAGACGUACGUGAAUGAGGUCGCCAAGGGGCGGCCCGUGGUGACGUGGUGA